GCUGCGGAAGAGAACUCUUGUCAUAAUCCGAUUUACUAAGAGACACUAAUAGGAUUUAUGGUGUCCCAGAACUCUUACGAUACGAAUGUAAUCGUAUUUAUACGAUUAAUAUGUGUGUGUGUGUGUGUGUAUGUGUAUGUGUAUAUAUGCACACACAUAACUAUACAUAUAUCUAUAUAUACAUUUCAAGCAGCUUUGCGAUACAUUGAAAAUAAUUUAAUCCAUGAUUAAUUCUAAUUGAAUAUAUAUAUAUAUAUAAUUUAUUUUUUGCAAAUAAUCCCGAGACACGUCAUCCUGAAAAUAUUCUAAUGGAUUUUUAUAACAAAUUCUGUAUCUUCCUUUUAAAUCGUCGAUGACGCAAUACGAUAUAAAUGUAAAUGUAUGAAAGUUUCUUUUUUUUUUUUACUACUGUAUUAAGAAAAUACCAUUUCUUUUUCUUUUCUCUUUUUGUUAUUAUUAUUAUUAUUUUUUUUAUAAUAAAUAUUGGAAUAUUGCUAAAGAUAUUAAUCGUAUUUAUCAAUAUAAUUAUAUGAAAUUCAAAUUUCGUACGAUAUGACCGCACGUGGCUGAUUGGAAGAUUCGAAUGUGGCGCCAACUGGUCGUAUUUCCAUCGCAAGAUGGCUACUACUGUCAAACGCAAGGUGCAUUGUGACAGAACUUAACGUUUUAAAAUAUUAAAAAAAAUCUUGUAUUAUAGAGGAUUAAGAAGCGAUUGCAGAAAUCAAUGUAGAAGCCAGUUUGAAAGUUGAAAAUGUCAUUGCAACAGGAGUAGAAGAAAUUAGAAGCAUACGUACUACAAGCAUGGAGAAGAGAGGCAGUGCUGAACUCCUGAAUGUAGAGCAAAACAACUCAAAAAAUGCCAGUUCUGAUUCCCUUAAUUCAGACAGCAAAAGCAGUUCACUCAAUUCAAAGAUGGGUCAAGAAUCGGAGAGUUGGGAAAAAGCAUCCCAUUCGAAAAGCUUUUCUUCGAGUUCUACUUCCACAGAUAAUAAUAUUGUCUCUGCUUUGGAGGCAAAAAAAGACAAUCAAGUAAAAAAUCUAUCAGGAAGUGAUACAGGUCCGCCGCUUUUAAAUGGGGAACGAGUUCAAGGCAUCGCGCAUGAAGUGACCUACUUGUGUCCUUAUUCGGGUCCAGCUAGAGGAAUUCUUAGUGUUACAAAUUAUAAACUUCACUUUCGUAGUGUAGACCGUGAAACGCCUUAUGUCGUGGAAGUGCCCUUGGGUGUUGUCAGUAGAAUCGAGAAAGUUGGUGGUGCGUCAAGCAGAGGAGAAAAUUCAUAUGGUAUAGAAGUGUUUUGUAAAGACAUGAGAAAUCUUCGAUUUGCCCAUAAGCAAGAAAAUCAUUCUAGAAGAGAUGUCUUUGAAAAACUUCAACAAUAUUCAUUUCCGUUGUCACAUAAAUUACCAUUAUUCGCAUUUGAAUAUUCGGAAACGUUUCCCGAGAAUGGUUGGAACGUGUACGAGCCCAUUGCUGAAUUAAAACGAAUGGGUGUAAAUAAUGACAUGUGGAAAAUAUCAAAGAUUAAUGACACGUAUACACUAGCCGAUAGUUAUCCGGCGGUUUGGGCAGUACCUGCGGCUGCGACAGAUGAAGAUUUACAAGCAUCGGCAGCUUUUAGAAGUAGAGGAAGAUUGCCAGUACUUUCAUGGAUUCAUUCAGAAAGCCAAGCGACGAUAACGCGUUGCGCACAGCCGUUAGUCGGCGUUGGUGGUAAAAGAAGUCGAGAGGACGAGAGGUACGUGCAGUUGAUAAUGGAUGCCAAUGCACAAAGCCAUAAACUAUUUAUAAUGGAUGCUCGACCAAUGCCUAACGCAAUAGCGAAUAAAGCGAAAGGUGGUGGUUACGAAAGUGAGGAUGCUUAUCAAAACGCUGAGCUUGUUUUUCUUGAUAUUCAUAAUAUUCACGUUAUGAGAGAGAGCCUGAGAAAAUUGAAAGAAUUAUGUUUUCCAACGAUCGACGAAGCCAAGUGGUUAUCUGGUAUAGAAUCCACGAUGUGGCUUAAACAUAUUAAAUGUGUUCUCGCUGGCGCAGUUAGAAUUGUGGAUAAAGUAGAAAAUCAUAAGACUUCCGUACUUGUACAUUGCUCGGACGGAUGGGAUCGAACAGCACAACUAACAGCUCUUGCCAUGUUAAUGUUGGACCCAUAUUACAGGACCAUUAAAGGAUUUGAAGUUCUCAUAGAAAAGGAAUGGCUUAGUUUCGGUCAUAAAUUUCAGCAGAGGAUUGGUCAUGGUGACGAACACCAUAGUGAUGCGGAUCGUUCUCCAGUAUUUUUACAAUUUAUGGAUUGCGUUUGGCAAAUAACGCGACAGUUUGCAAACGCGUUCGAAUUUAACGAGCACUUUUUAAUCACUAUCCUCGACCAUCUUUACUCUUGCAGAUUUGGCACGUUUUUAUUCAGCAGCGAACGCGAGAGAGUACAAGAACAGAUCAAACAAAGAACCGUAUCGUUAUGGUCCUACACCAAUAGUCAAUUAUCACUUUAUCAAAAUCCUCUUUACUUGGCUGGACCGAAUUAUCAACUCGUUCUAAUGCCGAUAGCAAGUAUGAGGUAUAUCAAACCUUGGAAGGGUCUGUAUUGUAGAUGGAAUCCGAUUAUGAGACAACAGGACCCUGUUUAUCAGCGAACGAGAGAACUUCUAGUCUUGAAAGAGCAGCUUGAGAAACAACUAGAGGAAGGUCGACGUGAGCAAGCUUCUCGAGCUAAUCGAUCUCUUACCUCGCCUGCACCUCCUAGGAUACAUUCCCCGGUUCACUCAUAGCACGGCGAGGAUGUCAUACCGUUUAACGAUCUGUAGUUUUGUAAAUGUGCCCUACGCUUAUCUAUCUCUUUUAAGUCAGUGUACAAGAUAUUUUUACUGAACUCGCUUCGUUGUGUACAAAAUGCCCGUUGAUAAAAGAAGUUUAUAAAUCGUCGAAAAGAAAAGAAAAAAAAAAAAAACUGAGAGAAAAAAAUAUACAUAUACAUAUAUAUACAUACAUAUAUACAUAUAUAUAUAUGUAUACAUAAAUACAUAUAUAUUACAAAUAUAUAUGUAUACAUACAUACAUAAUAUAUUACAAAUAUAUAUGUAUAUAUGUAUGUAUACAUAUACAUAUAUACAUACACACAUAUAUAUGUAAUAUAUGUGUAGUGUAUAUAUAUAUAUAUAUAUAUACACGUAAAUAUAUAUGAAGUUGGAUCGUCCGUAUGAUCAUCAUUCGUAUUAAUUGCGCGAUUAUCAGCGUAUAAUUUAGAAAGGAAUGCAUUAAAUCGCGUUAAACAAAAAAUAACGAAAACAAGAGGAAGAAAUGAGAAAGAAAAAAAAAAAUCGAACAUAUACAUUUUUUUCCAAUAAAUUACAAAACAUCAAAGAAAAACCUUGUGAUAAUUCAAUUUAAUGAAUAUAAAGAUAUCAUCCGUGAAUGGAUAGGUGCAAAGAACGGAUCGAUCAUUUUUUUCUGGUAUGAUCAAUGAAUUGUUUCAUCAACAGGAUGUAUGGCGUUUCGAACAUCAUCGUGAAUGCGUAAGCGCAUACGUAACUGAUCACAAAGUUUCCUAAAAAGAGCGCUGACUGGAGGAGCGUAUAAACGAAGAAAAAAGAAAGAAAGAAAAAGAUUAAUUAGUUAUUAAUAUCUGCAAUAUGAUCGAAAUUAAAAGAAUUGUAAGUGAUUGGUUGACCUACGUUUGAUAGAAAAUCAACGUGAACAGAAGUUUCGCUGUGCAAGUAAAUGGAAUUGAUAAUAAUAGGAUUUAAAAGGUAGGUACUGUAAGUCAAUCUACUGAAUGGUAUCCAACCUUUGAACGAAAGAAUCUUAUUCACAAUACCUGAAAUAAAGUUUCUCAUUAAAAAAAAAAAAAAAAAAA